AUGGGGUGCCGAGCAAGGGUUAGACUAAUAUCAGGGAAGCUGGUUGCGUCAGGAGACGAACAUAAUCAUGCCCCACCGUCACACGCUCGUUGUGGAAACGGAGCUUUUGUUCAACUCCGUCCUAGAGGUCUUCCGAAUCUCACAGGACUUUCUACAUCAACUGCCAUCCUGCCCUCUCCGAUCUCGUAUCCAACUGCGGCAGCUAUAGCCCUUCGUGCCCUCAAUUUUCCUCGCAUAUUACCCAAAACGGAUCUUUGGUUACGGCAUCCAAACCCAGAAGUGAAGAAGGAUCCCUAA